AUGGUCAGCAUCGAAAUUCCGAAGAACUAUACGGCGUCGCCAUCGUCGCAUAUUGGCACCCCUCAUCUAACUAUCAAUAAGGAAGCCACCAUCGACCUUGACUCGACCAAUGCCUUCGAAGGACCGGAGAAGCUCUUGGAAGUAUGGUUUGCCUCGUCGGCUACCGACUUGCCGGGCAAGGCCAGUCCCCUGGGCCUGAAGGCCGUCUCCGCUGAUGCUUGGAAAGGCAUGCUGGACCUCGUCAACUGCAAAGUCCUAUCCGUCAUUGAGUCUGAGCACGUCGAUGCCUACUUACUCUCGGAGUCAAGCAUGUUCGUCUUCCCUCAUAAGGUUGUUCUCAAGACUUGCGGCACCACCACUCUUCUUUGGGGCCUUCCUCGCCUGCUGGAAAUUGCUGCUCUGGACGCUGGCUUUCCCCAUAUUGCUGCGCAGCCUGAACGUGGCAUCGCAGCGGCGGCAACCCCGUACCGCGUCUUCUACAGUAGAAAGAACUUCCUCUACCCUGAUCAGCAACGUGGACCACACCGCAGCUGGCGCGACGAAGUCCGUUAUUUGGAUCAGCGAUUCCAGGGUGGCAGUGCCUACAUGAUUGGCAAAAUGAACGGAGAGCACUGGUAUCUCUAUAUUACCGGCCCUGAUACACGGCUCACCCCACCGCCAAGCCCAAUUAUUGAGGACAACAACAUUCCCGAGACGGAGACUAAGUACAUCAACUACCCUACGCGCUUGCUGCCUGAGCAUGUCACCGAGGAGGAGGAAGACGAGACCUUGGAAAUUCUCAUGACCGACCUCGAUGAGAAGAACGCCCGUCAGUUCUAUCUCGAGGACGCGAGUGCGGUCGCGGAAGGUCGCUUUUUCCAAAAGGCUCGUGAAGCUCGCAAGGCCGCUAUCCAGAGCCUUGGCGCCAUUCCAGAAGAAAAGUGCGAGAGCUUGGGCGGCUCCACUGUCCUCAACUCGAACGCUACCACCCGCCCUCAAUCGGAGGACAACUUCGAUGUUUUCGAGCAGACCUCAUCGGACCAUUCUGGAUUCACCUCUGACGACGACCUUACCUUCCCUGAGGAACUGACCACUGAAGGCCACACUCUUGGUACCGUUGUCUCUGAGGCCUGCGGCCUGGCGGACGUAUAUCCCACAUCAAAGUAUCCGGACGCUCGCAUUGACGCUUACCUCUUCACUCCGUGCGGCUUCUCUGCCAACGGCGUCAUCCCCGCGCCUGGCGGCGCCGUCAAUGGCGCCAAGAAGGGCUCCGAUGCUACCCACUACUUCACGGUGCACGUCACGCCGGAGCCGCAAUGCAGCUACGCCUCCUUCGAGACCAAUGUCCCGGCCCACCAGUGCGGUCGCGAAACGGUCGAGGUGGUUGAGCACGUCGUGGGCAUUUUCAAGCCCGGCCGCUUCAGCGUGACUAUCUUCGAAGCGAAGCGUAACAAUGAGGAUGGGAUGGCCGCGAAGAAGAGCAAGGGGAUGGAUUCCAUCAAGGGGUAUAAGAGGAUUGAUCGGAUUGUGCAUGAUUUGGAUGGAUAUGAUCUUGUGUUUAGGUACUUUGAGAGGGAGGAUUGGAAAGGGGGUUUGCCGAGGUUGGGGGAGGUCGGCUUUGGAGAUCUGUAG